AUGGCCAUACACGCUCUUCAGUUGUGUCUACUUUUAUUUGUCUGCUCAACUUCAGCCUUCAAACUCGACUUCUACCUCGAUGGCAAUUGUGCUGGAGAAUUUAUUGACUCCUGGAUUGGUGGGCCUGAUCAAGGCUGCAGGCAGGACUAUGUGGGUCUUGCAGAAGGUGUCCUUGUCAAGUCGACAGGGUCUGUGGACGAUGGCACUAUGGUGCAGUUCUACAGCUCAAAUGACUGCUCCCCAGGGACUGAGCUAUCGAACGCGGAUGAUGGCUGCAUCUCCAUCGACAAUGCCCUCGUCGGCGCGUACCACUCAUUCAGAGUCAUUCAUACAAGCGUACAGACACGCCGUGAGGCUCCUCCUCUCUAUAUGUCGUUCCACAAGCGUCGUCAAGACUUCAACGCUGCUUCAAUUACACCCGAUACCUCUAAGUCCUCUGACAGGGCUCAAGAGCCAGCGGCAUUCCAUGGAAUGAUGGCCAGUUUCGACGGAGUCGAGUAUCGAUGGCACCAGCUAGCUCCCGGGACCUGGGUCGGCAUCCUCCCAGAGGAAUGGGAUGAUAAUAUCCAUGUGAUGAAUAACAUGGGCCGGCUCAGCCAACCGACUACAACCUCCAUUACACCACGCGAGGUUCUAGACGAUCGCGAUCUCCUUCAAGCGAUCUGCCAGACAACGGCUACAUGUCUCGGAAAAGCAAAGGCUGGGACCGUCACCGUGAUCGACGUGGCUGGGCCUUAUUUCGAUAAAUUAAGAACCGUGGUGCAGCAAUCCGGUAGAGACGCUUGGGAAUUCUUGACAAGUGGUCCCUUUUUUCAGCAGUUGGUGACGAACACUAUUGCAGGCACGAUUGUUACCCCGUUUCAGGCUUUCGUCGGCGCGAAGAUUCAAGGUAGCAUAAGCCCCUCGGACGCAACGGCCUGCUCAACUCUCAAAGACGACAUCGACACGUUAAAAUCAAUGAUUCUCUCUCUGCAGUCGCAGGUGGCCGCAUUGCAGUCUAUCACCGUCAGUAUGUUACAGAAUGAUGCCGGAGAUGAAGUUUCUCGUCUCUCCAUGACGACUGUUGACUGCGGCAGUGCUGCCACCGGCGACACUUGUACCGUCCCUGCUGGCUUCUGCGCCUAA